AUGGCUAACUACAUGGGCCGCUUAGAGGCCAGCCCACCCCCAAAACUUCUUUCGAACUCCGCUAUAUCAAGUGACAAGCACGCACUCGGGCAGCCAUUUAUCAUAGAUGUCAAGACUGCAAACCAAUAUGCGUUCAAUCGACGGUCAAAGAAUGAACACCCCCAGAAACUCCAGCAGAAACUCCAAAUUUCUCAACCCUCACAAAGCCACUCCAGUCUCACACAGUCAAAGGACUACUCCCCCCCCCAGAAGCCCCACAAGUACCACAACUUAGAUUCAGAUGGGUCUGCUUCCUCCGAGGAAUCACUUCAAGCUCCUGCUGUCCUAUCAGGACAGGUCGGGCCACUCCGUGCCCAAAAGAGACUUACACGGCCUACAUAUGGACCUUACAGGCGGAGUGCGCUCUCUGUCAAAGAUGAACGCAAGUUCACGAAGUUGCUUAGUAGACCUUACUGUGGCAACUCUAGUGAUACCGAAGACGGUACCAUGGAUCAACAAGUAUUUUCGCGUGGCUUGGAACGCUUUGAUCAAGAUGGAGUUCGCUACGUGAUCGCAUACAAAGAAGCUGCCCGUGAAACUCAACGGGCUCGUUUUGCUGUGUCCCAGUGGGAGAUGGAGGAGGCCUCACAGCUGAGACGCCUUCGCCAAUACAUUCAUGCGAGGGAGAGAGAACUUCUUCAUGCGAAAACCGAAGAAGUCGAAUCAUUUAUGAACAUGCUGGUUGAUCGGGACGAUAAUCAAGUCACUGCUGACCUUGAUUAUCUUGUCACGUCCCGCGAAUCCGAGCGUAUCGCAUUGGACGACCUUGACAAAGAUCUAGACACUCUCACAGACCAUGCCUUUCGCACCGGCAUUCCGAAGCUGUUAUCAGCUGAUUUUAGCGAGGAUCGAUCCGAAUUCGACGACACGGGUGAUCACGAACACGAGGCCAAUGGAGGUUAA